AUGUACGGUUACUACAAGUGCCGUGGGCCUUGCACCCUUGUCUUUGCAACAGAUGCAACAAGGAAAAGGUAUUUUUCUUAUAAUGUUUGAUAUAUGCUUUGGCAAUUGUGGAAUUGCACACAUUUUAAGCAUCCUACUGAUGAACAGUUAUGACAUUUGCAUAUUUCCAGCAACAAUUAUUGUUGUUGCUGAAAAUAUCCUAAUUAUUAUUUGAAGUCUGCCCCGUUUAAAUGUAUUGUCUUUACUUCUGGCAAUAAUUUACUGAAAAGAAUUGCCAACAUCAAUUUAGAGAUAAUUUAUAAAUUAAUAGCUCCUUCUUAACUAAAUGUAACGUAAAUAAUUCACAUGUAUUUCUCUGGUUGCCCACUCCUGUCUUUUCUUCGGAAUGGGCAACCAGAAACAGACAUCUGAAAUUCAGGCUAAAUACUUCUCUUAUACUGAAGUUUAAAUUUCCAUAUACAUGAGAAGUAAAAUGUUAAUGACUACAUGGUUGUAACAAUCUGUUGAUACACGUACAUUAUGAAACUAUUUUAAUUUUUGAAGUUUUAAUUUUUUUUUUAUGAAACAAUGCAUGCCACAAAAAAUUUCAUCAUGAUUUCCCUGCUGCUUUCUUAGGCAUGAACGUGUGCAGCAUGCAGAUGCAGAAAUCACUCCAAAUGAGCCAAACUCUGAGGAGGCUCCAUGUGUUGAUGACUCCAUCCUCAAUUAUCACAACAGCAGACUACAAAUUGGCUUACUCCUAAUGAAUAUAGCUGAUGGGAUGAAGGACGGAGAUGGCUACCGCCUUGUCAACUGUUAUAAAUUUGUUCUUUUGUUUGCAUAUCAGUUCCACAAUACCAAAUAUGCCUAUGCCGUUCUCCUUUUCUUUAUUCAAAUCUAUGCAGUUCUGUCGGAAGAGGAGGCUUUUUGCUUGAUUUUUAAUAGAUUUAUCAACUCUAAGGGUAAAUGUGGCGGGAAUAUUCCACUUGAUUUGUUCAUGGAACAUCUUAACCUUUUGCUUAAAAGGUUGGCCAAGGGGAUGGGUGCUAAUGUCACUAGUGCCUCUUUACAACGUGCAGCGCAAUCUAUUGUGCCAUUAAAUAAAGUAAUGGAGACCAUUUACAAGGAUUGCAACAAAGUAAAAAGAAGUGGGCACCAUGGAAACACAGAUCCAGAGGAAACAGUUAGCAUUAUAGUUAAAGACCUGAUCAGUGGGAAGGUGUUUGAGACAUCACCUGGUAGAAAGGGCUAUCCAUCAUUCCAAAAGUUUAAGUCCAAUGUUCUCGACAUUGACUACAGGGAUUUUUUUUUCAGUGGGCAAAAGACAGGUUUCAUGACUGGAAAGCGAUUUAUGAAGUGA